AAAGAGGAAGAGGAGUUGUUUGACGAGAUUGUAUACUCUAACCCAGCUUCAAUGGGCAAGAAUUUCUGGAAUACUCUGUCUACUGCUUUCCCUUCAAAAACAAAGAUGGAGAUUGUCAGCUACUACUUCAACGUUAACAUGCUUAGGAAGCGAGCUGAGCAAAACAGAUGGGACCCAUUGAACAUUGAUAGUGAUAAUGAUGAAUGGCAGGGGGAGAGUGACAACGACGAGUCCACUAUCCAGGAUGGUCUUGACUUCCCUCAAAAGCAGCAUUGUCAUGAAAGUGAGGAUGAUGACGAAGAUCUCUCUGAUGAGGGGCCUGGCCGGAAUUCUUCUGAUUUUGAUCCUUCCUUUGAGUCACCUGGUAUGAAGAAGUCUGUUGACGGUGGAGAAACUGGUCUCCAAGAUGGAGGAGGAUCAUGCACAUCUUCAGAUUCAGGGGUGCAAGGUGGCCCCUUGAAGCCAGAUAAUGGCUCCCUAGAGUGGAAUGGAUAUAACUUAGAAUCAUCUGAUGGUAAAACAAUGUGGGACGUGUAUAAUGUGAGUUGCCCCAAGUUUAAUUUCGAUUUCUUACCGACGUGCAGUAUGAUUGAGGAGAUCUUUGGAGAGGGAGAUUUUGACUCCAAAGGCAAGAGAUGGUGAAUGGUCUUGGCUCUGCCUCUGGAAAAGAUUUACCAAAUGCCUGGUUCUCUUGUCCUUUCUUGUCCUCAUUUUAGAGCAUUAGAAUGUCCAGUUUUCCUUUUGUAAAUUGCCAUUAAAGUGGGAAGAUGGGAGUCAGCAUAAAAAUGUAAAAUAGUACAGAAUAACUUUAUUCUGUUUGAGAAAAGUAGCCCUUACAUUUUUGGGUUCUCUUUAUUAAACUUGGAUAUCAUCUCAAUUCUCAAGGGAAAGUUGCACAAUUUGUUACUAUCGUGUUCAUUACAUAGCUGUAGGCCUGUAGCUUAACCCCUAACAAUACAGACG